CUCUGCUAAUCUGUUUUCUCCAACUAAAAAAUAACCCUAAGAAAACACCGGAAAUGACAAUAAAACUGAAAUUCUGAGACAAUUGUAAUUUUUUUGGACCGGCAUAGAAAUCUAAUAAUAAAUUCAUUUUCAAUAUCCAACAAUCGAUAUGUAAACUGAGAACAAGCGGUGAAGAGUGGAAAUGGUUGCCUGCAAGUGGGGGUGAAGGCACCGGGGACGCCGAAGAAGAGGAUGACUUUUUUACCGGCGGCUUGGGGGUGUACGGACACAUAUUGGAGCUUGUCUUCCUCGUCGAAGUAGGAGAGCGUACCGUCCGUUAACACGUCGCCGACAGCAAUCGGGGCCAUUGUUUUUGAUCAACGGAGGUGAUGUUGAAGAGGAGAGUUUGUGAUCCGACGGUUAGUAGUGUGAGGGAAACGGAUCCUCUCCAUCUCUCCAUUUCGGGUAGAGCAGCGGGUACCCGCCCCGCUAAUAAGCCCAAAAAGAAACCCUACUUCUAGUUCUCUCUCGCCUCCUUCUAGAAAAAACCCAGACUCUCUCUCUCUCCUCCCUCUCUCUCUAGCCGCUCCCUCUCUCUCAACAGUCGCCGCACCGCCGCUCCCUCUCCCGCUCUCUGGCCGUUCCGUCUCAACUCUAAGGGUUUUGCCCGUUCAGCUGGAUCACGAAACAAGAAUGGUAAAACUAUUUCCUUCUUUUGGUCGUUGCUUGCAAAGGCUUUUCUGUUAUGGUAGUGAUAAUCCAUGGAACCCUUUGAAGGGUUUACCACUUGUGCACAGACUUUCCUCCUCCAUCCCUAGACAAACCCUUGUUGGUAGACGUACUGCCAGAAAUCGUGUGUUAUCAUACUCUCCAUGGCCCUUGGGUUCACAGCGAUGUUUCAGUCAUAAUAAUACUAGUGAAGAUGAAGAUGGUAUCUCAUCGUCCCCAUGUCUGAUGACUGCUUGGUCUGGGCCUCAACAAUUGAAUAAGUUGGCGGUUGCAGGCCAGAAGAUUGUAACCCUCGAUUAUCCAAAGGAUGUAGCAUUUGAUGAGAUUCUGGGAUCAUCUUCACCAGGUUGGAUUGCCGUUACCAAUGCUUUUGACGGUGAUAUUGUACUUACGAAUCCCUUCACUGAAAAAAUUGGUAAGGUCUAUCAGGCUACUCCUCCUCCAGUUGUUAGGCUUCCGCCUACGAGUACAAUGUCUCAAAUGGACGUAAUCAUAGAGUGUUGGAGAAGAGACUGUAUAGAGAACGAGCUACGAAUAGAAAUAAGCUACGAUGAUUUCAUAUCUAACAUUGUUUGGUCGUCAAACCCCAUGUCCCCCGAUUGCACCGUGAUGGUUGUAUAUGGUCCAAAUAGGGAUGUUGCAUUUUGUAGACCCGGAGACAAGUCGUGGAGUGAUGCCUGCUUUCGAGAUAGUUAUACGCAAUUACUAGUGUAUUCCAACAAGAGCAAAUUGUUCUAUGCCCAAAAGUUCAAUGGACGAACAUUUGAAGGUUGGGAUCUCCAACAAGCUUCUUGUCCUAAGAUGAUUCAUCGUCUUGAUCAUACUAAUUAUGAAUUUGAUCCACCUACUCGAAAAUUCGAGUACUUGGUGGAAUCCUUGGGAGAUAUUCUUCUGGUUGUCAGGUAUUUAGGUCCACCUACUCGCCUCCCUUCAAAGACACAUAGAUUUGAUGUUUUCAAGCUUGAUUUCCAACAGCAAACAAUGGAACGUGUGGAGUGCCUUGGUGAUCGUGUCUUGUUUCUAUGUAUGAAACACUCAUUUUCUGUCUCAGCCCAAGACUUCCCGGAGUUAAAUCCUAAUUCUAUUUACUUUACUCACGAUGAUGUGGAAUACUGGCCUGAAAUUUAUGAAACUAAUAAUAGGUAUGAGCCAGACCGCGAAGAUUAUGACAUUGGAUUUUACUGCUUAGAAGAUCAUAGCAUCACACCCCUUUAUGACAUGGCAGAUGGUCUUUGCGAUCCAGGCUGUUGGGUCAUCCCAAAGCCUCCAUAUAUGUAAACUGAUCAAGAAAAAAGACAAUUUAUUUUUUUUCUCUUAUGAACAUUAUUUCCAUUUUGCAAGUUUCGUUAAUCUAUUCAUUCUUGUUGUUAUGGUUGUUUA